GCAUCUUCCGGAUUUGCCUUCAAAACAGGAAAUCGACCAAAAGAAGAGAAUAAAAUAAAAAAAGUUCCUCCCCUCACCACUGAUACCGACAUCUUCCCGUAUCACUCGAUAGAUUUCCGCAAACCUGCCUCCCCGUUUCGUGUCCGAGGGAUAUCAUGAAUGGAGGAGGAAUGUCUGGUGAUGCCGUAGGCUCGCCUGCGACGAACGGUGGUGGAGGUGCAAACGGUCAGACACUGCAACAACCACAACCACUGGACCAGAUCAAACAAGCCCUCCAAAUAGUCUACGAUCCCCACUCCUCUAAUGAUUCCCGGAAACAAGCUGGCGCAUUUCUCGAAUCUGCGAAGAGCGACAAGGAAGCGCCAUACCAUGGUUUUACCCUCGCUUACGACAGGGGUCAUGAUGCCGUUGUAAGGCAUUUCGGAUUAUUGCUCCUGGAGCAGGCUGUUCGAUUUUCCUGGGUUGACUAUACUGCGGAGGAGAGCGGCAUGGUUCGGGGUUGGAUCUUGAGCCUGGCGGAGAAUGUCAAGAUCGACGGGAGGGAUCCGGUAUAUCUACGGAAUAAAAUUGCACAGCUCUGGGUUGAGGUUGCGAAGAGAUCAUGGGCUAGCGAGUGGCUGGACAUGGAUGAGCUUCUGGUGAGGCUCUGGGACAACUCUACACAGCAAGGCAACCCAGCCCAGAGGGACUUGGUGCUCUCCAUAUUGGAGAAUCUGGUGGAGGAUGUUUUCAAUAGGGAGGACUCGGUGGCCGGGGUUAGGAAUACGCCGUUAAGCAAAGCUUGUAUCGACAUAUUUACUCCCUUGGAUGUGCUGAAGGAGAAUUUCCCGGGGCGAGAGCCAAGCGCCGUGUUGAGGUGCGGUGAAGGCGGCUGGCUGACAAGGCUUGCCGAGAUGCUGGAGAAAUGCUUGGAGGCCGGUGUGAAUAGUAAUACGGAGGUGGAAGCCUGCGCGGUCAAGGUUUUGGGAACGUUGAAAGCAUGCAUGAGCUGGGCCAUUCCAAAGUAAGCAUUGGUUUGCCAUGACGAUUCGCCAUUGCCCUGAUACUAGACUUGACCUGUUAUGCUGAUCCAUCAAUUUAGGGCCAUCGCUGCAGCAAAGGUAGUAGAGACGGUUGGACGUGCUCUGAUGGCGGAAAAAAUAUCAGUCCAAAUGGUAUCUCUUUGUUCUCUUUCGGAAACACCUUCGAUAUACUGGGUUUUGAUCCGGGAGCUAAAGCUGAUGAUCUAGGUCGCUGUAGAGUGUCUGCACACACUAUUUACGAGGGUGUUCUUUGAGGAUGAUGAUUUUCAAAAGAUUAUCUGCCCAAUGUACUAUCCCCAAACGGUGGAGCUGUUGGCAAAGAUUUUCAAUUGGAUACGAGUUGAUGCGACCGAAAUUGAUGAAGAGCGCUACCUUUUCUUGAAGAGAUACGCUGAGGUGAGUAGGGCUUUUGCCUCUUGUUAUGGGGGAUGGGGGACUUAUCUAUUAAUCCGAAAUUCAGAUGAUUGCCAAUCUCGGUGGAUUUGUAGAGGAAAAGUCGGGCUUGAUGCCGGCAGAGGCUGAUCUCGCUGGCUUCAUGAAGCUGCUCUUCCAAAUCUGUAGUCAUGACAGCUUGUCUAUUUCAAUCCCAGUCAUGAAUGCUUGGACUCGGAUUAUUCGUAAAGAUCUAUUGAGUGGCCAUGAAGCAAUUGGCCCUUUAAUUCCAGGCUUGAUAGCACUCGCUACUGCAAGGCUAAUUAGGGUAAUUGGUUUUCUUCCUUUGACUGAGAUUUUCUUGUUUUAUGCACCCUUUGGUAGAUAACUAAUACGGUCAUUAUUUAGUACGAAUCUGUGACUGAUGAAUCGAACCGGUGCAUAAUUUUCUUGAACGAGGACCUCGAUACUAUGCCUGAUCGACACGCUUUUCUCGGUAACUACCGGCGGUUCUGUCAGAGCAUUGUAGAGUGCUUGGUUAGGAAGAGUCCAUUCGACAUUUUCCCGUACAUUCUCGCGCAAGCAGAUUCCUCUCUAUCCGAACUUUAUUCUAAGGAGCCACCGUUUGCGGGUAGGUUCUGAUGGGGAAAGAUACGCUUUUUCUGGUUGCUGAUAUUGGAUGAAAUCUAGUGGAGACUUACCGGAAGAGUUCUGGCCCGUUCUUGCAGCUGGAUGCGCAUUUUACAGUUGUAGAGGCGUCAUUGAGGGGGUACAUGAAAUGGAUUGACACUGUCGGCAAGAACCCGACAGUUGACCAGACAAAUGUAAUUUCCCUGGGAAACUCAUUUCAUUUCCGAUCUGACAUUUGCAAUCUCACUGCAGAAUAAUGAUAGCCGUAAUGAACUAGAACAGCGUUUGACCGAGUGGUGCGAACGGGUCCUCAGCAUGAACUUUGGUGACCCUAUGAUCCGAAGGAGAGUUAUUCAGUUGAUGGUCACCGUUUCCACGUCGGCCCUGGAUAAGAAGGCCGACCUGAUGUUAAAGAUUUUGGAACAUGUAUGCCUUCCUGGCCUGGAUGGCUUUAACUGCCCCCCUGGACUUGACAAUAUGCUAAUUUCAGUGUAGGUUCUGUUGACUAGGCCCCGGGAAUAUCCAGCAAACCACGCCUAUACUGAUGCGGUCAAGGAACUGAUGGGUGUUUGUACGACCGAGAUACAGCGACUAGCGAUGAAGAUGCCUGAUCAUUUGAUGCUUGUGUACGAGGGCUUACAAACAAAGAUUAAUGAGAUUAUCUCCACUGAAAAUGUGGAUGACCGUACUCGGAUCGCGUUCCAUACCUUUUUAUUUACCAUCAAGUAGGUAACUCUGGGCCAAAUCCCCCUUCUGGUAGCUUGACGAAAGGCAGCUGAUUUCGCGCAUCAGUCACCGGACGAAGGAUAUCGACCCCACAGUACGGCAGUCUAGGCUCGAGAGCUAUAUUCAUCCAGUGCGUGAAACGUGGAGGGACCCUGGUCUCACGGAGUCGCUGCGAACAUUCCAAGGCUUCUGUGCCCUCUUGGGUCUUGACAAGGUCCAGGAAUACCUUAUCUCAAGAAGGGUUAAUGAAAUUCCGGAUUUUACGAAACAUGUACUAGACACAGAGGGCCAGGCUUUGCAAAACGAAUUGACGGAGAAAUUCAAAGUAGGCUUCUCAAGGGUGUACGGGCUUGUCGGGAGAUGGCUAAUUCGGUUUCUGUAGACCCUGCCGAUCAGGGCCACAAAGGCAUUCCUCGCAGUUUCUACCGAACAGCUACGGAAGCCCUCGAAUGCCCAUAAUAUUGCGUGCGCGCUUUGGCAUGAAUCCAUCCCCAUGAUUUUGCCCAAUCUCCUACAAUUUUUAACGUAAUCCCAUAUCCCCAAAAUCUUAGUGCGAAAUGAGGUACCCUAACCAAGUCUUAAUAGUCACGCGCACGCGUUUCACAACGCGGGGAAUUGGGCUGGGCUCCAACCAGAACUUCAGGCAGUCAUACGCAAAAUUUUGACUGAUAGGUUCUGGCAAGCUGGGAUAUCUACUGGGAGUAGAGACGAAUUCUAUGAAAAUGUGACGAAAACAAAGACCACGAUGGAAGGGCUCGCUUCGUCGAUAAGGGGUGCAAUCAGGAUGGUGCGCGAGGCUUGCUAUUCCAUACUCUGGUGCAUGUCAAGGUUGGACGUUCAUUUUUACGGUCUUAGCGAGCUUCCGGGGCCGCUUGCAUUGGCACUUUUCGCAGAUGCUCAUGCGCUCAGUUCGCAUCAAAUGUCUAUCUUAUUAAACAUGACCAGAUAUAUAAUUGACGACUGCCCAACCACCCUCAGAGCACAUUUUCUGACCCCUCUUCUCGCUAGUUUGUUUACCCAGGUAGAUCGGAAGAUCAGCGGCGAAUGGGAUGAGCUUAUUAGAAAGGGACAGAUUUCUCUGGGUGAGGACAAGCUUGCAGAAGAGAUGAAGGAAGAGAGCAUAUUGAGGCAACUUACAUAUACUGCUGUCUUGAUUGUCGCUGGAUUGUUGGAUCCGCAGCGCCCUGGCGAAACUGUUAACACAAAUUCCGGAUUCCUUGACCAGCUGGCGCUGCCUGAAAUGCAGGCCGCUGGACCCGGUGAACAAACCAUGAGAGAGUUCAUCCUUUCGAGUGACUGUGUCCUGGAGCCGUUAAUCCUGUUUUGUACACAUGCUCUCAGGAUGCGAGAUUCAAGAUGUUGCGGCAUUAUUAUCAGAGUCUUUAGGUCUAUUGUGCCUGAGUUCCAAGCCGAUAGAGCUGACAUUCGAGAGUUCAUAUGUCGCGAGGUGUUUAUUGCUGCUAUCGAGGUAAGGAUUUUGCAUUCCCCCCUUUACUGUUUCGGGGACAGGCUCUGAUGAAUGUUUCUAGGCACUGCACACCGAUUACUUUGUCGAUGUCCAGAAGGACCUUGCUCAACUUAUCGCUGCCAUCUUUACUUUGUACUCGCCGACUUCGGGUACCCCAAGGAGUCUGUUAUUGAACCUACCAGGACUUACGGAGGCAAAGGUGGAUGCUUGUUACAAAAAGCUUACCGCGGCUGGAAGCACCAGGCAGCAGCGAGCUCUGAUCCUGGAACUCCUGGACGGACUGAGAGGAGUCGCGAUUAGCGAAAAGGGCAAGCUCCAACGCCCACAAGUUGGCAAACAGCGCAGCCAGGCGGAGAAGAAGCAACAGCAACAAUACGCUGAAAAACGAGAGUCCCCGGAUCUCGGCGGUGUAGCUGACAUGUUUGCUUGAUAUCCUACUUUUCUUACAAAUUCGAGUGUCAUUUAUAUAAGGCUGGAUCGGUGGGUGGGCGUUCGUUGUCUAAUAUAAUUUCCAAUUUUUCUUCCCUCCGAAUUCUACAUAUUCGUCUGCUCCUUUCAUUUCUUUUAGACAUGAGGAGGGUUAUCUCGCUAAUCGUUUUUCUUCCUUACUCUUUCUACUUUUUUUUUUUUUUUUUUGCUUUUCGUUUUUGGCUUCCAACAUGUUAUUCGUCGUCACUCGCUUUUUUCCUCCUUAGCGUGACCUUCCUCCACCCAAGUGGAUUCUUUUAGCUGGCUUCAAUUGGUCUUUGUUCCUUUUUGUCUACUUUUCCGCCAAUAGUCCCUUGCUCAACUUUUUAUAUUUUACUCGGUGCGUGGCCGGGUGAUGCAUUGUUUGUACUGUAAUUUUAUGAAAAAUUUAGC